AUGCAGAGGAAACUCGAAGAUAAAUAUCAAUAUGAUGGAUCUAUCGGUAUAUCCCCUACUCAAAGACAUCUUCCCAAUUCACGAUUAUCCGAGUUGUUCAAUUAUGUCAAGGUAUUGGAUAUAGAGUAUCAUAAGGUUACAUGGUGCCGUAGCUCUUUCUUCGAUGAGGAUGAAAAACUACCAUCACCAUCCCCCUCAUUUGAGAGAUUAGAUACGUUACAUCUCAGAUAUAACGAUGAUCAAUGGCCUACAUCAACACAUCCAGGAAAUCAUACUGUACCAUGUCGACUACUGCUAUCCCUCCGUCCGACAACAUUAUAUAUCCACGUACCAUCUUUAGAAUUCAUCUCAAGCGUACAGCAUGUUAUAUUGAUUAGUGGACCAAGAUUAUAUGCUAUCCCGGAAGGUCAAUGUACAUUUACCGAACCGGUCUUGGAGGCUCUACGAACUAUCAAAUCUCUCACUAUUCUUUUCGAGCCUUCUACACCCAGUCCAAUUAUGGGGAAAGCACCCAUGGCCAGUAAUCCGAGUUUAUUUAACGUUUCUUUCAUCUCGUCAAUCACAAAGUGUGUGAAUAUAGAUACUCCUGUGCAUAUUGUGAAUGCAGGAUAUAUCCAGAAGAUUAGACAUAGGGGAUCGACGAAGAGCAUUGAACGAUCACAUCAAGAGAGUAUGAGGAUUAUCAAGGGGCAUAUCGAAUUGACUUGUAAGAAUCCCUACGCCGAUAAGGUCGGCUGGUCGAAAUCUAAUAUACAGAAAAGGAAAGAUAACUUGAUAUUCCAAACCAUGGAGGGAUGGACAGACAGUGGUGAAUGGGAAGGGAAAAUGAAAGCGGAAGAAGUGAUGAGAUGGAGAAGUGUGAUGAGCAAGGUAUUAAUGUGGUAG